AUGCUGCAAGAUCGUAAGGCAUCCCUUAGAGCUGACUUUCGUCAAAUGGUUACAAUAUUACGUAAAGACACCCAGGAGCUGUGCACCGCUCACAAUGACGUAGUGGAUAAAUUGCAAAGGCUAGAGGAAGAGCAGUCUGCAAUGCAACAGAAUAUGGCAGAUAUGGAAGAUAGAUUGUGGCGCAAUAAUAUCUGCUUUUGCAAAAUAGCAGAUGCUAUAACAGCAGAGUCUCUACCACAAUAUCUCAAGGCCCUAUACAAAACCCUGGUGCCACACCUCGAUGAUACUUCCUGGACCUGGACCUUCGACAGGGUCCACCAUCUUUCCAGGCCUGUUUAUUGUUAUUUGGUUAUAAGAGUAUAUGUUCUUUCACAUCACUAA